AUGGGGAGGAAGUGGCGGAGUCCCAGCGAGGCGGAGAAAGGCUGCUCUGACAAGGAAGAACUUGACAGGCGAAGGAGUCGGAGCGCCAGUCGGGGGAGGUUUGCGGAGUCGUGGAAGAGGUUAAGUUCCAGGCAGGGAUCCACCAAACGUUCCGGACUGCCUUCGCAACAGCCCCCGGCUCAGAAGUCAUGGAUAGAGAGAGCAUUUUACAAAAGGGAAUGUGUCCAUAUAAUACCCAGCACCAAAGACCCCCAUAGGUGUUGCUGUGGGCGCCUAAUAGGUCAACAUGUGGGACUUACGCCAAGUAUCUCCAUUAUUCAGAAUGAGAAAAAUGAAAGCCGGCUUACUCGAAAUGACAUCCAGUCAGAGAAGUGGUCGAUCGGCAAGCACACACAACUCAGCCCCACUGAUGCCUUCGGAACCAUUGAGUUUCAAGGAGGUGGUCACUCAAAUAAAGCCAUGUAUGUGCGUGUGUCUUUUGACACAAAACCUGAUCUUCUUCUACACUUGAUGACCAAGGAAUGGCAGCUUGAACUACCCAAACUUCUCAUCUCAGUACAUGGAGGUCUCCAGAAUUUUGAACUGCAACCAAAACUCAAACAAGUAUUUGGGAAAGGCCUCAUUAAAGCUGCUAUGACAACUGGAGCAUGGAUAUUUACAGGAGGAGUAAACACAGGAGUUAUUCGGCAUGUUGGUGAUGCACUGAAAGACCAUGCUUCAAAAUCUAGAGGAAAGAUCUGCACCAUUGGAAUUGCUCCUUGGGGAAUUGUAGAAAAUCAGGAAGACCUGAUUGGCAAGGAUGUAGUCCGGCCAUAUCAGACAAUGUCCAAUCCAAUGAGUAAGCUGACAGUACUCAACAGUAUGCAUUCUCAUUUUAUUCUGGCUGAUAAUGGAACCACAGGAAAAUAUGGUGCAGAAGUUAAACUUCGCAGACAGUUGGAAAAGCACAUCUCACUUCAGAAGAUAAAUACAAGGAUUGGUCAAGGGGUACCAGUAGUGGCCCUCAUUGUAGAAGGAGGACCCAAUGUAAUCUCUAUCGUCCUGGAAUAUCUGCGUGAUACUCCCCCAGUUCCAGUUGUAGUAUGUGAUGGGAGUGGCCGAGCAUCUGAUAUCCUUGCAUUUGGUCACAAAUACUCAGAAGAAGGAGGACUUAUCAAUGAAUCUCUGAGAGACCAGUUGCUUGUUACUAUCCAGAAAACCUUCACCUACACUCGGACACAGGCUCAGCAUCUUUUCAUAAUCCUUAUGGAAUGCAUGAAGAAGAAGGAACUGAUUACAGUAUUUCGCAUGGGAUCAGAAGGACACCAGGAUAUUGAUCUGGCCAUCUUGACAGCUUUGUUAAAAGGAGCAAAUGCCUCUGCUCCAGAUCAACUGAGUCUAGCAUUGGCUUGGAACAGGGUAGACAUUGCUCGCAGCCAGAUUUUUAUUUAUGGGCAACAGUGGCCGGUGGGAUCCCUUGAACAAGCAAUGUUGGAUGCCUUGGUAUUAGACAGAGUGGAUUUUGUGAAGUUACUCAUAGAGAAUGGAGUAAGCAUGCAUCGUUUUCUCACCAUCUCCAGACUAGAGGAGCUGUACAAUACGAGACAUGGGCCAUCCAACACUUUGUAUCAUCUUGUCAGAGAUGUCAAAAAGCGUGAAUAUCCAGGUUUCGGUUGGAUCUAUUUUAAGGGAAACCUACCACCAGAUUAUAGGAUAAGUCUAAUUGAUAUUGGCCUGGUGAUUGAGUACCUGAUGGGAGGAGCUUAUCGCUGUAAUUAUACUCGAAAACGCUUCCGAACACUCUAUCACAACUUAUUUGGCCCCAAGAGACCGAAAGCCCUAAAACUUCUGGGAAUGGAGGAUGAUGUUCCACUACGGAGGGGAAGAAAGACCACUAAGAAACGAGAAGAAGAAGUGGAUAUAGAUCUAGAUGAUCCUGAGAUUAACCAUUUCCCUUUCCCCUUUCAUGAACUGAUGGUAUGGGCUGUGCUGAUGAAGCGCCAGAAGAUGGCUCUUUUCUUCUGGCAACAUGGAGAGGAAGCCAUGGCUAAGGCUUUGGUAGCCUGUAAACUUUGCAAAGCAAUGGCCCAUGAAGCAUCUGAAAAUGAUAUGGUGGAUGACAUAUCUCAGGAACUGAAUCACAACUCCAGGGAUUUUGGCCAGCUGGCAGUGGAGCUGCUGGACCAAUCGUACAAGCAGGAUGAACAGCUGGCUAUGAAACUUCUGACAUAUGAGUUGAAGAACUGGAGCAAUGCCACAUGCCUGCAACUCGCAGUGGCAGCCAAGCAUCGAGAUUUCAUUGCACACACAUGUAGCCAAAUGCUACUCACAGACAUGUGGAUGGGGAGGCUCCGAAUGCGUAAAAACUCAAGUCUAAAGGUUAUUCUAGGAAUUCUACUUCCUCCUUCAAUUCUCAGCUUGGAGUUCAAAAACAAAGAUGAUAUGCCUUACAUGUCUCAGGCUCAAGAGAUCCAUCUGCAAGAAAAAGAGCCAGAAGAGCCAGAAAAAACAGUAAAAGAAAAAGAAGAGGAAGAUAUGGAACUCACAGCAAUGUUGGGACGUAGCAAUGGAGAGCCAUCAGCACGAAAGAAGGAGGACGAUGAAGUUCAGAACAGACAUAGAUUGAUCCCCUUUGGACGCAAAAUCUAUGAGUUCUACAAUGCACCAAUUGUUAAAUUUUGGUUCUAUACUAUGUCAUACAUUGGGUAUCUGAUGCUGUUUAAUUAUAUUGUUUUGGUGAAGAUGGAUCGUUGGCCUUCCAUGCAAGAGUGGAUAGUUAUCUCAUACAUAUUUACAAUGGGAAUAGAAAAGAUGAGAGAGAUAUUAAUGUCAGAACCUGGGAAGCUACUGCAGAAGGUGAAGGUGUGGCUUCAAGAGUACUGGAAUGUUACCGACCUUAUUGCCAUCCUCUUAUUCUCGGUGGGCAUGGUACUUCGCCUCCAGGAUCUGCCACUCAGGAGUGAUGGUCGUGUCAUAUACUGUGUCAACAUUAUUUACUGGUAUAUCCGAUUGUUAGACAUCUUCGGGGUGAACAAAUAUUUGGGGCCAUAUGUAAUGAUGAUUGGGAAAAUGAUGAUAGACAUGAUGUAUUUUGUCAUUAUUAUGUUGGUGGUUUUGAUGAGCUUUGGUGUUGCAAGGCAGGCAAUUCUCUUCCCCAAUGAAGAGCCUUCAUGGAAACUGGCAAAAAAUAUUUUUUACAUGCCAUAUUGGAUGAUCUAUGGGGAAGUUUUUGCAGACCAGAUAGACCCUCCUUGUGGUCAAAAUGAAACUAGAGAGGAUGGUAAAAUAAUUCAGCUUCCUCCCUGCAAAACAGGAGCAUGGAUCGUUCCUGCCAUAAUGGCUUGCUAUCUCUUGGUUGCAAACAUCCUUCUGGUGAACCUGCUGAUUGCAGUUUUUAACAACACAUUUUUUGAAGUUAAAUCUAUAUCAAACCAGGUAUGGAAGUUUCAGAGAUAUCAGCUUAUUAUGACUUUCCAUGAAAGACCAGUCUUACCCCCUCCGCUAAUCAUCUUCAGUCACAUGACCAUGAUAUUUCAACACAUAUGCUGUAGAUGGCGGAAACAUGACAGUGAUCCAGAUGAAGCAGAUUAUGGGCUGAAACUUUUUAUAACAGAUGAUGAACUGAAGAAGGUUCAUGAUUUUGAAGAACAAUGCAUAGAAGAAUAUUUCAGAGAGAAAGAUGAUAGAUUUAAUUCUUCCAAUGACGAGAGAAUCCGUGUAACUUCUGAAAGGGUAGAGAAUAUGGCAAUGCGAUUAGAGGAAGUAAAUGAACGAGAGCAUUGCAUGAAGGCCUCACUUCAGACUGUAGAUAUACGGCUUGCUCAGCUGGAAGAUAUGAUUGGGCGAAUGACCACAGCAUUAGACAAAAUUACUGGCCUAGACAAAGGAGAGGCCAGUAAGAUACGGUCUCGAACAUCUUCUGACUGUACUGACACAGCUUACAUAGUGAGACAAAGUAGCUUUAACAGCCAGGAAGGGAACACUUACAAACUUCAAGAGAGUAUUGAUCCCACAGGGGAAGAAUCAAUGUCCCCCACCUCUCCAACAUUAACACCUCGACUGCGAAGUCACUCCUUCUAUGCGGUGAAUAUGAAAGACAAGGGUGGGCUUGAGAAAUUUGAAAGUAUUUUGAAAGAACGGUCUCUGAGCCUUCAUCGUGCCACUAGCUCUCACUCAGUCUCAAAAGAACCAAAAGUCUCUUUGGUGCCUGUAAGCACUUUGUCAAUUGCCCCAGAUUCUCGGAGGCCUUCAUCUUGCAUUGAUAUUUAUGUCUCUGCCAUGGACGAGCUGCAGUCUGGAAUAGAACCUCUGGACAGUUCAAUGAACAUCCUUGGGACUGGAGACCCCACUCUUCAAGCUCAGAUAGCUUCCAGUGUUCUCUCGAGUAGUGCUUAUGUCAGUGGUACCUCUGGUGAUAGAAUCUCAGGCAGAAGUAUUGAGUAUGAAGACCCUUCUUCAAUGGAAACUAAGGUGUUUUCUUCAGAUUAUUCACAAAUCACAGACAGCCAAAACCCCUGGGAACUGGAUCCUCCCCUGUAUCAUACCUUAGAGCGUUCUAAAAGUAGUCGAUACCUGGCUACAACCCCCUUUAUUUUAGAAGAGGCACCUAUAGUAAAAUCCCAGAGUUUUAUGUUUUCUCCUUCCCGGAGCUAUUUCAGCAGCCUUGGAGUACCAGUCAAAACAGCAGAGUACACUAGCAUUACUGACUGCAUAGAUACGAGGUGUGUCAGUGCUCCUCAAACCAUUGCAGAAAGGUCCAGUUUUCCUGGAAUUCAUGGAGAUAAGAUGGAUGACUUGGGAUGCUGCCAUCCAGAGAGGGAAGCAGAACUAAGUCACCCAAGUUCUGACAAUGAGGAUACUGAAGCCAAAGACAAAAAAGCAAUUUCCUUGUCACCUCAAGAUAGCAAUACUUCUAGAACAUUGUCUAACAAUAUUCCACUUCCUAAAAUAGAGCGGGCCAAUAGUUAUUCUGCAGAUGAAUCCAACUUACUCUAUGUUCACACACGGAAAAGCUACUCCAUCAGUGACAAACUUGAUAGGCAGCGCAAUGCAGCCAGCCUUCGAAAUACGUUUCAGAGGAGCAAGUCAUCCAGACCGGAAAGUAGGGGAGACACCUUGUCAAUGAGAAGACUCUCUAGAACAGGUGCAUUUCGUAGCUUUGAGAGCAAGUAUUGCUAGAGAUAAUGUGCACAGAGAAUUGCCUGCUCUGUGGUCCUUCUCUUGAGCAGAAUGAAGUAACCUCAGAUCAUGAUAUGUCAGCAAACAGCUGGCUUCUGCCACCAGUUGAGUUAGCCCUCUUGUAAUCUCAGUGUCAGGCACCGAGAUUCUGCCUCUUGACCCAGUUGGCAUUUGCACUUAAUAGGGGGUGGGAUGGGUAGGAGGGAAAAUUUUAGAGACAUUAUUUUUAAAAAGCUUUAUGACAUCGCGCAUAAAUGGGUAAAUAGUUUGAGAAAUCUGCCUUUCAAAAUAGAAAUAGAUUUUUUUAAAAAGAAGCAAAAUAUCAUGCAUCUAAAGUGGGUAUUUUAAUUAUGAUUCUGUUGUUGUUUACAUCAGUACAUUUGUGAUAACUUAUGAAGAGGUAUCUUUGAAUUGGUAGGUUUGAAGACAAACCUAUCAAUUCCCACUUUUUCACUCUCAUGGUCCACAUCUCUUUUUUUGUACUGACAACGUGUAGUGCCACAAAUGUUAUAUUUUCAAGAAGGGAAGAAAAGAGAUGCCUUUUAUAUAGCAGCAUGAGGGAAAGGGGAAAAUUUAUGUAACACAUUACCAUGUGGUUCCUGUAUGAAACAGGAUUUUUAGCACAGUUGACCAAGCUCAGGAAGAUUGUAAUUAAGUGGAAUAGUAAAUACUUAUUUUUUUAAUUACACCUAUUAGUUUAGAAAGAAUUUCAUGGAGCCUCUUUAAAAUGUUACAUGAGGGGAUGAAAAAUAAGUCCAGAGGCAACAUUAUAUUCUCACUGUUCUGUACAACGUUUCUAUCUGUUUUUUCAAAUAUUUGCAUUUCAUUGGGCAUAUUUCAUUUUUUUUUAUCACUGCAUUGCUCUUCUAACUGUUCCACCAUUUAUUGCUGGAGAUAUUGAAUGAUGGCCUUCUCUUACAAAAUAAAAGAAUUGAGAGGUUAGUUAAAAGGGGCUAAGUGAAAUUAAGACUUCUGAUCGUUUCAAAAGCCAUUCCUUUAAGUAUGCUUCCAUUGUGUAGAAUAGCAAAGAGAAGAGAUUUUAUACCAUGAAAGAAUGGAAUGCAAGAGUCUAAUUGUCUUCAGGUCUACUACUCAAUAAUAUUUGCAAUAACCCUCUUGGGUGCAAGAAUUAAGUGUGACUCCUAUGGAAAAGAGGAUAAUAAGCAGAUGACACAGUUAUAGAGAUUCAACCUAUGUAUCGCUCUCUUUUUUGAUAACAUAUAAGUGAGAUUUUAGAAGAGAUUCUAAAAAUUAUUUUGAGCUGACUGGCUAAAUUCCUUUUUGCAAUUUUAACCAUUCAGACUAAAUCUGUCUGUGUAAGCAGUCUUCCAAAGCACCAUAGAGCAAUGAUGCCUUCCAGUGUUUUGAGCUACGGCUUCUAUUCACCCCCCAAAGCUUGGCAAGGAUCAAGGAUUGUGGCUGUUCUCCAAAACUAUUGGAAGGUACCAGAAAAAACACAGAACUCAAAGUUUCCAUGGUCCUAAUUCAUCUGAUAGUAGCUGGAGGCAAGGCAGAGCCACAGAUAUCUUUGAAUGCAGCUGUGCAUUGAUUUCAUUUCUAAAUCUAAUGCAAGUUCCCCUACUCAUCUGCCCUUCGUGCUACUUUCCAUCUGCCUUAUUAUUAUCCCAGCUAUUAAUCUAUAGUUUGCCAAGUUGUUUGUAGGAUGUGCUUUUCUGUGAGAAUAACUUGUCAAAGAUCAAGAAAUAUGCCAACUUAUUUGGAUACAUGGCAAGCAUGACACAUUGAUUAUUAGGUUUCAUUUCCCAGACUGCUUCUAAGAUCCAACUUUAAUUCAGCUGCUGUAGAUAACUGCACAAUGCACAAAUACUUUUAUCAGAACUUUGAUCUGUGUGUGUUAGAAAAGCAACUUUUUUUACAGCGGAGAAAUGUGGUGUGGAAGUAGAUGUUUUAGUCAUUAUCCAUUUCUUUCCAAUGUGUUUUCUGUCCCAUAGAGGAUUUCAGAUAUAUCUCUACUGAAGCCAGAUUUUCCAUGUUGAAAAAGUGCACAAAAUGGUAUCUAAGAAGGUUUUUUUUUCCUGAAUCCACUGCUAAUGCCUUUUUUCAUACUACCACAAUCAUUCCAGAUUAAGCAUCAUAAGAUAUGAAAUACUCUUAUAUAG